GCCGCGAUGGGGGAGGGGUGAGCGCGGCGGGCCGGCGGCAGGCACCGUCCCCACGGGGUGCGGCGGCGGCGGGCCGGGCAUGGAAGUGGAGAAGAUGGAUGAGAAUGAAUGGAAGUACCACGGGGAAGGCAACCAGAGCCUCGUCGUUUCUCACUGCCAGGGUUCGAAUUCUUGCUGCGGCGCUGAUCCGGGACUCCGGGAUGUAAUUUCGGUUUCUGGCUUGGCCGUAGACCUCAGCGUGAACGGGGGCAGUCACUUCACCCCCGAGUGGCCGUUUACUCUUGGGCGCUGUGUGGUGCUGCGGUUUUUGAAGUCCCCCCCCGACCAGAAUAAGACUUCAGAGGAAAUACUACACCAUCUGCAAAACAUCGUAGACUUUGGAAAACAUGUCAUGAAGCAGUUCUUUGGGGAGAACUAUGUUCACCAUGGGGAAAUUAUUCAACUGCCUUUAGGCUUCGUAAGACAGCUCUGCUUAAAAAUUCAGCCAGAGAGACCAGAGUCUCGCUGUGAUAAAGAUAUGGACACUCUUAGUGGUUAUGCAAUGUGCCUUCCUAAUCUUACCAGGCUGCAGACCUAUCGUUUUGUGGAACACCGGCCAAUCCUCUGCAUAGAAAUUAAGCCAAAAUGUGGCUUCAUUCCUUUUUCCAGCCAUGUUUCACAGGAGAUAAAGCACAAGGUGUGUCGUUACUGUAUGCACCAGCAUCUAAAGGUAGCGAACGGAAAAUGGAAACGACCAAGUAAAUAUUGCCCAUUGGAUCUCUUCUCAGGAAAUAAACAGAGAAUGCACUUUGCUUUGAAGAGCUUAUUACAGGAGGCACAGAACAACCUGAAAAUAUUUAAGAACGGGGAACUAAUUUAUGGCUGUAAAGAUGACCAGGACUGUGUCUCUGACUGGAACGAACUUGCUCGUCACUUAAAACCUUUCUUUUUUCCAUCCAAUGGGCUGGUCAGUGGACCACACUGUACAAGGACAAUUGUUAAAGAACUAAUCCACGUUAUAACUAUGACGCUACUAAGUAGUACUGAUGCCUGCAGGGCAGGUGAUAUGAAGACAGUUCCCAUUUCACAAGGAAGAAGCUACUGUGAAGCAAGUGCUUUUAAUAAGGAGCUACUAAGAAAUGGUAAACAUAAAUUGGAAAGCUCUGGCUUACCAAGGGGUUGUCUCCUUUAUAAAACCCUUCAGGCUCAGAUGCUGGACAUGCUGGAUAUUGAAGGACUCUACCCUUUGUACAGCAGAGUUGAACAGUACUUAGAGGAAUUUCCUGAAGAGAGAAGUACAUUACAGAUAGAUGGACCUUACAAUGAAGCAUUUUAUGAGAAGCUGCUAGAUCUUUCAAUGGAAGAUGAUGGGACAGUAGCGUUUGCAUUAACAAAGGUGCAGCAGUACAGAAUAGCAAUGACUGCUAAGGACUGCUCUAUCAUGAUUGCCCUUUCACCCUGUCUACAAGAUGAAUGCUCUGAGCAGAGACCCAUGGUACUAACGUCCAAAUCAAGAUUCACCUUUUCUGUUUCUGUCCUGGACCUCGAUCUAAAACCAUAUGAAAGCAUUCCUCAUCAGUACAAACUUGAUGGCAAGAUAGUGAACUAUUAUUUGAAGAAUGUACAGGCCAAAGAUGACCCAGUUAUGUCCAAUCUCUUAAAGGAGAAUGAAGACUGCACAUUAGUUCUCCAUAAAGUGUAACAGUUUCCUUAAGGUUAUUUUUAUUCAAACACACUAGAAAGUGAAAGAUUAAUGGAAUACAAUUAUGGUGAUUUUUUUCUAUCGUGUUCAGUGGAUUUUUCAGCUGUGAAUGUUUUUGCUUUAAGAACUGAUUUCUAAUUGGUAUGCCUUUUCAAAGACAUGGAAUAGCACUAAAACAUGCAUUUACUAUAUAACCUUAAUGAAUGUAUUUAAUAUGACAGAACAGAUAAUGUGCCAUACCUUGGGACUAGAGGACAGAUCAAAUUAAUACUAGAAUUCAACUUCCUUAGAAUUGAAAGAGCACAGAAUUAAAGGUUUUGAAGUAUUGCACUAAUGUAGAAAGCUGAAUUAACAAGAGAUUUGCCUUGGAGCUUGUGCUUUGAGUCUCACUCAUACCUGCUAGGAAGAGGGAAUGCUCUGAUAAAACCUAAUAUAAAACUUUAGCAUUAAGUUCAUUGAAAAUACAACUGAAGUGGCUACUCACGUGUUACUGAUCUAUGGAACUACCAUGUUAGUGCAGAACACUUAAGUACUAAUGCAUGAGAUUAAGAACACCAGACUGCCUCCAGAGGUUCUGUGAUCACCUUGUACCUACCUAAAGCAUCUGAAACUAAGUGAAAGGGUUAAAGGUAAGCAUCUUUUGAAUUUUAUGCAAUAGCUGGGCUUAGCUCAUCUGACAUACUGGUCUUUUUUAUUUUCUAUUCGUUGUAUGCUGCUAUUGAAGGUGAAACCACAGCUCACUCUUACCUAAUUUAAAUUGAGCUAUAAGAAUAAUAUAUUCUGAAUUUUACAGAUUAUUUCAGGUCUUUCAGAUUGUGUCAAACAUUGGCAUUAUUUCACAGAUACCCCAUGUACUGCAUAGCGGGACCAGCUGCUUUCAGGCUUGUUCUUUUUAAGUGACACAGAAAAAAGGUGGUGGUAUCUGAUUUUCUGAAGCAGCAGGGUCACUUGUUCAUGACGACUACUGGAGCUGAGCUUGGAUCACACUUGAGCAAUUUAACAAUGGCUUUACUGUGUAAACAUUGGUGUGUGCAGCUGAAGUCUUGUGAGAUGUUGCAGUAAAAGCCAUCCUCGGGGAAGAUCCUGAGCUGGAGACUGAGGAUAUAUUCAAAACUGAGGGUAGUACACAGACUUUUCCCAUACACUUGGGGAUUACGCCCCCUGAAAUGUGCAAAGAGAUGCUAUUCAGGCUCCAGUGAACUGCUGUUACCUGGACAUGAUGUGUGCUUACCGGUAAUGUUUUUCAAAAUAGUGUAGGUUAACAUUUAAAAAAAUAUAUUUAUGUUGGGAUCUCAGUGUAAUGUUUGAAUUGUUCCAUUUUACCUGAAAUUCAAAAACCGAAGCCAGGAAACCCUGUAUAUUGGUACAACUCAAGGAAGAAACAUGAACUACAGAUUACCACCCCUCCCACAGCAGUGAGGCUUUGCUGUGGCCAGCAACCCCUGUUAGCAGUGUCUUGUAUCCUGCUCCCAGGUGACAGUGUGCCUGUCUGGGACAGGCUCGUGGGCUGCUCUCACUGAAAUGUGAUACUACAACAGUGCAAUAAGCUGGUAGCUGACAGUGGUAAUAACUCCUUCUUUCCAAAGAAAACCUGAGGGGGAGGGAGUUGUUUCUAAAUCCAGAAAUCCUUCAUUAGGCAAGAGGAAGAAGGAAGGACUAUCCACAGCUGGAAAUUUUUCAGGUCUUUACGCUGUAACUUCACACACAUUUCAUGUGCAACUAAUGCAUGUGCUUGAUCAGUUUCAUUUUUAUGCACGAGGGAGGUAAAGACAAAAUAAACUAAAGGUUACACAAAAAUAGCUCAAGCAGUAACAUGUCAGUGGAUAAAGUAGCAAUGGAUUUUGCCUGUCUCCUGGAUUCCAAACUUUAAAUUAGUCUGCCUUAUAUCUAACAAGAUAUUUUAUUAUAGAGUUGCUGUUCAUCAAAACUUAGUCUGUGACAUUGCUCAGCUGUAUGCUCUGACAGAAACACAUCUGGCCUGUCAGUUUUUCCUGACCUACGAGAACAGUGGGAGACUAAUUCAGUGAUCAAAUAGUGGAUUAUUCAAAUUAUGAUAUUAUAAACACACUGUUGCUUUAGUUCUUGUUUCUCCACCUAUUUCACCAUUGCUAUAAAAUACUUUGUGAUAAACAGAGCAGGCAGUUGUACUGCUUUUGUAUAGUUAGAGCAGCUGUGGACUCGAAAAGAGGGCCUCUUAAUAUUACUCAAGAAUCCACAGUUCUUAUUUUUGGCUCCCUGAUUCCAGGAACAACUGUUGCUCCCUGCCUAAGAAGGACAUGACUUACAGUUGUACAGGUUUGCUUUGGAAAAAUGUUGGGUUGCGAGAGCUAGUCCGGAGCAGGAACUCUCUUGAAAAAUGCUGGGAGUUCACGAAUGAUCUGAUGAUACAUCUGACAGAAGUGAAGGAAGAUUACAUCUGUCUAAUCUGUUUUGUUUCUUCAGGGAUGAAUGUAUGAAAUGUGAUGCUUUUGUAAUGUGUUACCUACUAGAAUUUCCCCCUAGAAGUAGGAAAUCAAACCCAAGUACUGCAGUGAGCAGUAGUUAACUCGCCCAACUCUCUUUGCAGAAGUGUAGUGGUCCUUUCUUGUUGUCUCUACUCAACACAUACAUUGUGGAAAAAAGUUACUUCAUACAGUUAUACCUUUUUUUUUAAGCAUAGCAUGUCUUUGAAAUCUCACAUUGUCUACUUCCACCCUAAUUUAAGGAGAAAGCUAUUUAACUCCUUGUUCCAGGAGUCUCUUACUGUUCUCUUGUCAUUUUAUAAUCACUGUACUUUUACAGAGCUGUGAAAUGAAAUGGAUUUUUAUGGAUUGGACAGUGCAUGAUCUUUUAACACUUUCCAGGUAUCUAGAAAAUGUUAAGAUGAUAAACCACUCUGGUACAUUAAUGAUUCAGAAAGAUAAAUUUAUAAUUAAAUCACUCUGUACAUGUAACUAUUUUAUUUGGCAUUUUUGUAUUUAAAAGGCUGUAUUUAUUUUCAUGUCAUGACAAUUUAUAUAUAACGUGCCAUAAUUGUACAGAUAGCAUGUUUUAUGAGUAUGGUUUCUAAAUGGAAAAUAACUUAAUGUUUAUAUUCAAUAAAAUUAUAGACUGUGUAACACAAUAUCUUAAUUAAAACUACUUUUGAAAUUGCUA